AUUAAACGGAAUGCUUUUACUUUUUAAGACGUUUUUCUUCUUAACUUUGUAUGUUGAGGCUGUUGAGAAGUUACAGUACGUGUAACGUUAUGUCUGUUUAUUAUUUAAUAUCAAUCCAAGUAGGCUAUACUGCAUACUUUGUAAAAAUGGCGUCUGAUAUUGGCUGCCUUCAUGAGCGGAGCUGGGCUAUCAAUGGCCACAACAACAUCAGUGCAUUCUAAUUCAUCUCCAGAGAAUGAAGUCUGCCGCUGCAUCAGGUCUUGAGUCGGACAAGAAAACACAUCCAAGCCGCCGUCAUCAUGGGAAACUACGGCCGCUCUGUCGCAGAUGUGUCUAACGAACAACGCAAUGAACAUUUUCACGGCAACCAGGAGACAUGAUCGCCUUUCUUUUGUUAACCGCCCGUGUACUAUCGAAGAAGAAGUGAGCUUCUCUGAGGAGGAAGAUGUCAGCGCUGAAAAAGACCAGACAUUUUCACGUUGGUCCCCGUCUCGAAAGUUCAAUGAAGGCAGACGCCUCCCUCCAGCCAGGAACAUGAAGGGCUUAUCAGGCAGCCGUUCCCAGCACCAGAUCCCUUUACCCUAUGGCUUGGACUAUGACCCCCACGUUCAUGACCUCCACGCUCACCAUGGCUCUGACUCCCGCCACUCGUCCUACCUGCUCAGCCCCACAGAGAGCUGCCCCAUGGACUUCCACCACCGCUACUCGCCGCGCAGCUCCAUCCACUCUGACUGCAUGAUGAUGUCCCCGGUCAUGAUGCCUCCAGUUGCUGUGUCUGAACACAUCUCCAGCAGCACAUUCCCCAGAAUGCACUACAGCUCACAGUAUUGUGACUCAGCCACACGGGACGACUGCGCUGCCAUCACAGCCUCUGCCACCUCACCAGCUGUUGCCGCUGCUGCGGCGGCGGCAGCCGCCUCUUCCCAUCUCACCGGCACCAAGAGCAACCGCCUUCCUGCUAACCUGCUAGACCAGUUUGAGAAACAAGUGCCACUACACCGCGAUGGCUUCCACACGUUACAGUAUCAGCGCACUUCCACCACCACUGAGCAACGCAGUGAGAGUCCUGGCCGCAUCAGACACCUUGUUCAUUCUGUCCAGAAGCUUUUCACUAAGUCCCACUCCCUGGAGGGAUCAUCCAAGAUGAAUGGCACAAAAGGUGACAUGAUGGGAGGUGGAAGUUAUCACCAUCAUGGUCACCACUCCACCAAACAUGGUAGCAAGAGAAGCAAGAGCAAAGAACGCAAGCACCGCUCUGGCGGCUGGUGGAGCUCUGAUGACAACCUGGAUAGUGACAGCACCUACCGCACACCCAGUGUCAUGUCACGACACCAUGGGGAACAUGUCAGCCACUGCUACCCAGAUUCCAUGCACAGCCACAACUUUGGAGACCUGUCACUGAAGACUUCUAAGAGUAACAAUGAUGUCAAGUGCUCGGCCUGCGAGAGCAUGGCUAUGGCGCCCGAGGGCAAGUUCAUGAAGAGGAGCUCCUGGUCGACACUGACAGUCAGCCAGGCCAAGGAGGCCUACAGGAAGUCAUCGCUUAAUCUAGAGAAACCCAUGAUGCAUUCGAUGCACUCCGACCUCAAGCCUUCAUCGCGGACAUGUCACUACCUGCAGACCCCGCAAGGAUGAUGGGUUGGAUACCAGGCAGAGAGCGAGAAGGAUGAGGAGAUCCCAUGUCGGCGGAUGCGCAGCAGUAGCUAUGUGAAAGCUAUGGGAGAGGUGGAUGAUGAAAGUGGUGACUCUGACACCAGCCCUAAAACCUCCCCACAGAAGGCCAUUCCAUCUGAUGCUCUGGUGCUCAAAUCAGCCAUGCAGAGACCUCAUUUAGACUCCCACAGCCAGGGCUACCACUUGCAAACCACAAGAGAUAUGCGACCCCACCCUAGUGUCACGCUGGACCCUGCCACCUUUCACCCCCCGCCCUUCCGCUCACGCAACCAGAGCUACAUGCGCGCCGUCAGCACCCUCAGUCAGGCUAGCUGCGUCAGCCAGGUGAGUGAGACUGAGAUCAAUGGCCAGUUUGAGUCAGUUUGCGAGUCCGUUUUUAGUGAAGUAGAAUCCCAGGCCAUGGAAGCCUUGGACCUGCCUGGUUCGUUCCGCACUCGAAGCCACAGUUACCUCCGUGCAAUUCAGGCUGGUUAUUCCCAAGAUGACGACUGCUUGCCUUCAAUGACAUCCUCCACUGUCACUUCAACUCUCAGAUCCACAACAGGCGCCCGUAGCUUAGCAAGGGGGCGUAGAGAGUACGGUAGGUCUGGGAUUCAGUUUCGUCUCCCUACUUCCUGCAGUGUGGACCGCGCUCAGCCGCCUCCAGCUGUAUCAUAUCCUCCCAGUUACAAGAAGACUCCACCACCUGUGCCCCCGCGCACCACCACCACCAAGCCUCUUAUCUCUGUGACAGCCCAGAGCAGUACAGAGUCCACCCAAGAUGCCUACCAGGAGGGCAGGCAUCCACGGGGUGGGCUGUGGACCACGGAUAGCCUUGGUCGUCCCAUCUACAGCUCCAUGGAUAGCCUGGACAGCACCAAGGCGGUCACCAUGGCCAUGGAGUCAGCAGCAGGCAAGAGGCAUGCAUCUUUGGGCAGCCACAGCUCAGUCCAGACAUGCGACAAAGCAGUGCUGGUGUCCAAGGCCGAGGAGUACCUCAAAACCCCCCGUUCCUCUAUCGGGAUACAGGUGGAAACUGUAACAGACUCUGAGACUGAAAGUAAAGGCCUUCCUCAGUUCCAUUCUAUAGGUAUCCAGGUGGAGGAUCACAAACGGCAUGGGAGGUUCAAGCGCUCCAACAGUGUGACCACUGCAGUACAAGCAGACAUGGAGUUGGAGGGCUUUCCCUCCAUGGAGGACAAGGGCCUGCAGUUUGGUGGUGGCUUCGGUCGCCACUCUGAGCCCAGCACGCCCACGCAGUAUGGGGCCAUCCGUACGGUGCGCACACAAGGCCUGUUCAGUUACAGGGAGGACAACCGGGCAUCCAGUGGGCCCCCCAGCCCACAGCCUGAAACCUGGCUUGUUGAACCCAGUCUGGAGAGCGCCGAAACAGGCCGAGUGUCCCCCCUUCGCAGGGACGGCAGCUGGUUCAUGCAGCUCCUUCACAAUGAAACUAAGCGGCUGGAGGGAUGGUGCAAAGAGAUGGAGAGAGAAGCGGAGGAGCAUGACCUGACAGAGGAGAUCCUAGGAAAAAUCCGGAGUGCCGUGGGAAGUGCUCAGCUACUAAUGUCUCAAAAGUUUCAGCAGUUUUACUGGCUAUGUCAGCAGAAUCUGGACCCUAGUGCCAUGCCCAGACCCACAUCUCAGGACCUGGCUGGAUUCUGGGACCUCUUGCAGCUUUCCAUUGAUGACGUCACUGCCAAGUUUGAUGAGCUGCAGCAGAUCAAGAGCAACCAGUGGCAGCUGGUGGAGAGCCCAGCAAAAAAGGAGCGGAAGUGGCCACCACCUAUGCCAAAGCGGCCGUCCAAGGGGCGUGGCGGUAUCAUGCGAGAGCGCUCUCUGGACCUUCAGGACCGCCAGCGGCAGGAAGCCCGCAGACGCCUCAUGGCCGCCAAACGAGCAGCGUCUUUCAGACAGAACUCAGCCACAGAGAGGGCAGACAGCAUCGAGAUCUACAUCCCUGAAGCCCAGACACGGCUUUGAGGUUUACGGAUUUAUCCUUAGCUCCUCUUGUUCACCGCCACCCAAUACCAGCUCGUCGCAUCACAUCCAGCCUCCUGUCAUCUGUCACUGUUCGUCCACUUUUUCAUCAUUUUUCACCAUUCUUUGGGUUGCCCCUACUGAAGCUACACUAGGCAAAAAUGUGUUGUUGUAGAAGUUGUAAAUGCAUUCUUAUUAUCAGCUUAGUGGGAAGUUAGAUGAGUCAGUUUAGUUAAGUGUGGAUGGUUGUUUUCUCACAGAAAGUAAUAAAUAAAACGUUUAAAAUGAAGCUCAACACAAAAAAAACUAGACACCAGCGACAUUUUUCCUCUAGCCCUUUUGGUAUUUCUUUGUUUAAAACGGAUUACAGGCGAGCUGGACUGGUAAACAUGAGCCAAUAACAUGUGAAGUUGCCUAGUGUCGCUUUAAACCCUCAAAGGACUGGUAUUUACUUCAGCAUUAUUUCAAGUUGGUGAUUUAUUUGGUUAUGGCCAUUAUUGUUAAAACUCCAGUUUUCUCCAUUGUUGUCAUUACCCCGCUGUGAUAAGGCUACACACAAAGUGCACAUUUUUGUUUCUCACCAGGAACAAUGGUCUUUGGCUAAAGCAUCCUGAAAGAAUUGCGGCAGCAAAAUUUGAUUGUGUGUAAAAGAUUUUAUCUAACUGCUUAAAAUAAACAAAUACAUUUUCUUUUUGAUGAGGUUCUAAUAUAAAUUCCCACCCAGCCUUUUCUAUGGAGGUGGCUAAAACCUGGUACCUUGCUUGAUCAAUUUCCGACCACUUUAUGGCAAAAAAAGUCCAAAUAAUAUGGUUGUCUGAGGUUCUGCACAACUAUAUAAUCUAUCCAUAUUGAACCAGGCAUUCUGCAGCUGCUGACCAGUGUUGCUGAAUGAGAUCUGAAAAAUAAGGCUAAAAAUCUAAGACCUCAUUUCAGCAUUUAUUAAUUUCCAUUCAUGUACUACCAUACACUCUUAGGACUAUACAUUAUUAUUAAGCUAUGUACCUUAUUUGCUGCAGGAUACAUUCCAUUGCAGAACAAAUAUGAAUUAUUAACAAAAGACAAUUUUGCGCAGCCUGGAAGAAGUGACUGUAUCAAACAAUGCAUUUUGCACCUUAUAAUAUUCAUGUUUGUAUUUCCAAGGGAAAUGUAGUUUUUGAUGCUCAUGUGAUAUUGUUGCAGUUGAAUUGCAAGGACAGAUAUGGAAAAUUUACUACUGAAUUUCAUGUUACUCUAUAGGUUAUAUAAACUGCACCUUGUGUUUUCAUUUAUUGCUAAUGCCAUUCAGGCCUCUCAUUAUUACAAUAUUGUGAUUCUAGCACUUUUAAUUAUACUUACAGUAUCUAUCAUAUGAUCGCCUACACAAUCUACAGUAUACAUUUAGUAUUUAUAGUUGAAACAGUUGUGGGUUGAUUUGAUAGUGCAUUUGUCUUGCUGAAUAAGGGUUGUUUCUCAGCUAACAGAAACCAUAUCUCAUCAACACACUGCAUCCAACCUUUUGUGGGGCAUAAUGAAAACACUUCUGUUGUUUUUGAUCUGCUCAUGUAGUCUAGGAAAGACAGGUGCAAAUGACACUUUAACAAUAUUCAGUUACUAUAGUAAAUGGUGCUGCUUUUUACACUAAAACUGUUGUCCUUUACCUAGUCCUAUGUGCACGCACACACACACACACUCAAGGACUUUUUAAACAGAGAUUUAUUAAUAUGGUGCCCGUUGUCUCUCCGAAGACUUGUAGUAGAUUGUAACUUUAGAAAAGAUCAUCUUUGCAAUGCUCUUGCCCUCAGUGAUGUAAAUGAGGAGAAGGUUUAAUGGUUUAACUUUCUUUCUAACGUGCAAAAGGCCAGUAUAUUUCUUUAUCAGAUAAGAGAUUACAGGCUUUGACAUUCCACCAACCUUAAAGUCAAAUCUACUAUGCCCACCCUGAGCCAAGGGCAUACUGCUAUAGCUAGCGGAACAUACUGAAUUGUACCUGUUCAUAUUUUAUACCACAGCAACAAUGUUUUCCUAACAUUUGCAAUGCAUACCCAUUCAUCCUUAUUUUCCAAUCUAACCCCAGCUAAUUAAAACAAAUGUUGAUUUAGGGCCACUAGAAUUAUGCUGCAGUAGUGUUUAUUGUUUCCCAUUUUAUUGUAAUUAGACUAGCACUCAGUAGGUGAGGGCAGUCUGUGUACUCUAAAUACUUGCGUGCGAUGAUGGAGUUUAUUUUGCUUGCAUUUGUGUGACCAAUAAGUUUUACUUUGUGACAUGUGUACAUCAGUGCUAAAUCUGAAACCCUUACCUUACCAGACGGCCUUAACCAAAGCACUCAUGAAUGUAGAGCCCCCAAAGAUGCAAAAAAUAAUAAAAAAGAUUAGCAGUUGCUGAAAAUUUUACUAAAUUGGACAGGAGAGAGGUCACUCCCAAACUUUUACUUUUUGUUUGAUUUUUAUUUAACUCGAUUCAGUUUUUCUAAUUCAUUUGGUUGGUUUGAAGCUUAAAUAUUUAAGGGCACAAAAUAGUGACAACAUGCCAAGUCACCAAGGGCAAUACAUAGUUUCAUACAGAUUUCAGGUUCUCUUUUCAAAUGAAGUACAGACUUGUGUGCUUUUACUGAAACACAAACAUAAAUCUCUCAGAAAAGAUUUUUGAGUCCUAGUAGGAUCAAUUUAUGCAGGUUCCAGGAAAUAAUAGUUUAUUGAUUUAAAGGUGCAAUACGUAAUACUGACAGCUAGUGUUUAAAAUACUGCAGUACAAAUUCAAUGUACUGGAGUUGUCUCUCCCGCCCCCUCCUCCCCAGACCUGAAGUUUACGGAGGUUGCCAGUCUGAGACCGCAGCAUCCAUAGUCUCGCUUUGCCACACGAUAUUUUUUAUAUUGUUUUUUGCCACACCCUCCUCCAAAGCGCGCUGAAGCACCAUCCACAACAAUGUUGCUUCACACUUGUCUCACACAGCCAGACAUUAUUCCACAGCACAGCGGAGUAGCUAAUGUUAGAUGCUGGCUAUAUGACAAAAAAAAAUGAAAGCCCGUGCUCACACGGAGCUCUGCAUCCAACCGACAGGCACACUUUUUCAGUUUAGAAUUACGGUAGGAACUGCUAAAAACACAACAACCCCGCUGUCCUCUCCACCUGACAGACAGACACACUUUAUCGGCUUAGAAUUACAGUGAUUACGGCAGAAAUUGCUAAACACACUGCAAACUCAAGGUCCUUUCUUCUUGAUUUACAGCCCCCCCCCCUCUUGGCUUAAAAUAACUACACGUUGUCAACAGCCGUGGUUACAUUAGCAGUUAGCAGGGUUAGCAUGGCGGCGUUAGCCAAGAUCAGUCGGGAUCACUUUACUGACUGUGUCUCAAAUGUUUUUGCGAGUAACCAACUCUGGUACUCUAGCUAUAUGCUUCAAUGUGAGUGCAGGAAUGUUGAAAUGAAAUAACAUGCCUGUCUCUUGUAGCCGUGAUGAAUUAGUCUGUAGUUAAUGCUUUCGGUUAUGGUUACGCUUAUGCUAAUGGAAUUUAGCUAACUUGGCGUCCUUUUGGACUCUUAACUGUUAAUAUUUCCAAUAUUUACCCGCAGUUGGUUACAUCUCUGGUCAAGCAACUACAAACACAACGUUUUUUUUUAGGUUGGGUUUAGCCCUUUCGUUUGUUUGCUGCUUUCAUUGCUUUACUGACGUUACAGCUGUAGCGCACUGGGUUUAUGUUUUUACAGGUAUAUAGUAACCCGGCCUGGCUGUCAAACUGGGUAGAUAACAACACACAUCAUUUUUUGAUUUAUGAUGGUAAAUAUAUAUUGGACCUUUAAAAUAAAAAGGCUGCUGGCCCAUUUAUAUUUUAUAAGUCAAUUCACAAUUUAAAGACAGAUAAAAGAACUGCCUAUGCCAAAGUCUUCAUGCAGUAUACCAUAAACCGUAUUUGCUGAUACGUUGAAAACAUGCAGGUAUAGCUUGCUUGUAGUUCACUAGCUCUGUGCAAAAAUGCCUCCGAUGACGCAAAACAACAAUUUUUGCGUCAGAGUUUUUUUCCAGACACACAAUACAGAGAUCUCUCAUCUUAGGGGGACAAGAGGGAGGGAAGCACAGUCAUUGGAAAAUACUACCGGGUUUAUAGUGAUACAAAGCUUAAUGCUAUUUGUUGAAGCAUCCCUUUAAAACCCCAUCAUCUUCUAGGGGCUUUACUUCCAACAUAAACACACCCUUUACAUUGUAUUUCAGAGAAGAAGGAUCCAACUCUGAUGAUUACCUUCUUUAGACAGGAAGCUAAAUAAUUUGAAGUUAUCUCAUUUUAUUAAACCUUUCCAUUUUGAAUUCAAUCUGAAGAACAGGGUGGCAAUUCAUCUUCUACAAAUUGCAGUGCUUAAAUGUUCUGUUUCAGUAGGAAUGCACCAAGGAUGCCCACUUUCCCAUUACAAUUUGGUGCAUAGUGACACCUGUUAUGGUGUUUCUUGUGUGAACAUUUGACACUUUAAAAAGUCAGUUAAGCUCUUCUUCUAAUCUAUAUAUUGGCAUCUAUUCUCCAGCCCCUCAUUCACAGGAAGUAACACAUUCUGUACUUUUUCUACAACGCAUAAUCUACCUACUAACCUACUGUGGGCCUGCUUGACUACAGUCACACUUUUGAGGGAUACAUACUGUACAUACCAUAACUAACUAGGAGGGACUUUGCUACUUUAUUAUUUAUUAAUAAAUGUCUAUUGUGCCCAUGCAAUUUUCAAAAAAGGAUGACUAUGUGGAAAGCGUGUGUUUGUGUGUAUACACACACUACUAUAUAUGGCUUUAUAGUAGUGAUUGAUAUCCAAAAGUGUAGGCACUUUGGUAGUAAUUAAGCAAAUCUAUUGAAUUUAACAGAUUGUGGUUCUCACUGUUCAAUCCUUAGUGCCACUGUUUUGGUGAACAAGAACCUUCCAUCUUCUUUGUGAGUCUAUAAAUAGCAUCUUCUCUCAUCAUUUGAAAAGAUGGAGGAUACUAUUUGAAAUAUUAAAGUCCUCAUUUAUUUCACUGGUUCCUCCUUAAGUCUUGCCCCCAAGAGGAACUAACACCAUUUUCUCAGAAUUCUGACAACAGUUGAUGGGCUACUCUAACAAUCCAACUGCUCUUCCACCUGACUGAAAGUCAUGCAAAUCAAGUCUACUUCCCACAGACUGCAUACUGUGAUUCCACCAUGUGUAGUAGUACUUGAUUAUCUGGUAUUCCUUAUUAUCAAUCCAGGCUUUCCUUUAAAAAAAACUUUUAAAACAGAGUUUUUCAUAGUUUCAAGUUUGUACUUUUUGUUGCUAGUAAUUUCCUUGCAGGUUGUUUAAAUCAGUUCCAAUUUCCAACCAGUAGGUGUUGGUAGUACAGGUAAUUAGUUGGUUUUCCUGCUUGGUCAAGAUGUCUUGCACCACCUUUAAAGCAUGACGAUAACAAAGCGGGAGAACGUAAAAGGGCACAGCAGAGUGACAAGGCUUAACAGGAACCAGACUCAUAACCUCACCGUCACUGUCUGGAAUGAAAAAUGAUGUCACUGUUUUUGCACCAAUCACCUGUCAGAAAGACUGAUAUCAGACAGAGAUGUCUUCAAAAGGGACAGGGACAUACAGGGACACCAGCUGCUGCGAGUGAUGUACACUAUUACAGUAUGUGUGACGUGAAAUACACAUGAUCACGUGUGUUUGCGGUAUCAAGUAGGGCUAUUCUACAAUCAUAGUACCAUUUUCCUGUUGUGUACUUUGAGGUUACUCUACAUUAGCAUGGCAUAUCUGACAAUACGCUAAAUGCUGUUCGCAUCUGUGUUGCAUAUUUUCACCCACCAUGAUAUAAGGGGCUUAGUAGUUUGCCAAUUAUGUACAUGACAAAUCCUCAGGUGCCUUACAGUUUGAUAUAGGACUCUGUGAGUGAAUGUUUUAUGUGAAAGGAUUUCAACACCUCUUAGAGUGCAGGUUUGUCCGUAAUAUUGUUCCAAAGGGCUGGAAACUAGACUGGGUCGGACUGCUGAAAAUAUUAUAUUUAUAUUUGACCAAUUUAAACGUCCUACUAUAAUAAACUACAGCACAAUACAGUCGAGAGGAUAUUAAAGGAGAAUUUGCUAACUUUUGAGUAUUUGGUUCAUGAUCACAUAAAUGUUCUGCUACGAUUCACCACGAUGCAGUUAUAUUUUUAGAAUUGAAUUAAUGUGUUAUGAAAGCAGAGACACAUCCAUUAAAAACAGUAAACUGUUUAAAAUCUGUGAAUUUCUUGGAGCGGAAAUGACAGUGUAAACACAACAGCUCAGAGUGCACGUCACAUCCAUUUCAAGCAAAUAAUUUCUUUAAAAAGGUCUUUAUCUAUUUUUCCUCCUUGCUGUAAUAUUGUAAUCUCUCAAUGUUUUUUUUGCCUUUUUGGCAUCUACAGAAUCUGGAAACUGACAAAACUUGACCAGCCAAAAAGUGCAAUAGUGUUUUCACAAAAUGACAGGCAGGCUAACCUACACCUAUUUACCUCACGGUUAAGUGUUUUUAGCAAACAUGGUAUGGUAGGAUUAGUUUAAUCUCCACAGGAACACUUUGUCAUGCCUGUGUACUAUGCAGCGGUACUUCUGUGGGGCGGCAGAGCUUGCAGAUCACUUUUCAUUUACAGUGCACUGAAAGCAUGCCGUCUAUCGUGCUUUACACUACAGGAGCUAAAAAAGUGUGCUGUCAUUGUCAUCCAGAACUCAAUACAUCCAUGACAGUUACUUUAUGCUGAUUUAAAAAAUAAAGUAUCAAGUGUAAAGAAAAAGUCAGCUAACUUCCAGACUCACUCUUAAAUUGUUCACAUGGAUGUGAUAAGUUAAGAGUUCCUUUGCCAGGGUAACCUUUCUUUGUUAACAAGACAGUUCACAGCACCAUAUGUUAGACUAACAUAGACUAACAACAGUUGUCCUGAAGAUAAACCUCAGAAGAGUCUGUAUAGGUGCUGAAUCAACCAACUUCUCUCCUUGUACGUUUCCUAAAUUUUCUUUUUCUUUUGUUUAUUCUGACAAUCAGCACACACAAGAGCAUCAAAUGCACACACACACACACACGCGCACACACACACACACACACACACACACACACACACACACACACACACACACACACACACACACACACACACACACACACAGCAGUGUCAUAUUAUAUACUAAAGAAAAACCCCUGAGUUUUCUUUAUAUGUAACUUGGGGAUGUCUUUACAGACUCCAUUAAAAGCUUUUCUCCUUGUUUCAGAUACAGUUGCACUGCAAAGAUGUCUUUCUAUUGUUUGCUCUCUCCUCUCAUAAACCGUGACUUUUGAUGACAUCGAUCAGAGUUUUGCCUGUUGUUAAAAGCCAAACACCAGUCAGUUAUGAUGUAUUUAUGGACGAUAUUUGAUGUCAUGCUUACAUUAAUACUGGGCUGUAUGAGAGUGGAUCUGCUCUUCAAGCAAUAAGCCUUAUUUAGAUAUUUUGUUUGGCUUUUCACCCUGAUCUUCCAAAUUUCCACCGGUUGCAGAACACGAAUCUGCUCCGGAACGGCGGUGGAGUCAAUAGGUUUCCAUUAAAGUCAAUGUGUGUAUUUCCGCUGACUGUGGACAUCCGGACCUGGUGGGUAUUGACAGAUGGCGGCGCACGGAGCCGACACGCAGUGGAGCGGAUCUGCAGACGUUCUGCAACCUGUGGAAAUCGGGGCCGAUACAAUUUGAGGGCUGUUAAAGGACUGUGUAGGGGGUUGUCACUGCUUAAAGGAACAGUUUGACAUUUUGGAAUUUCACAUAUAAGCAGUCUUGGCAAGAGUUAAAUAUGUCAAUCGAUACAACUCUCAUAUCUUUUCACGCUAAACACGAAGCAUAGCCGACAGCCGGCUAGCUAAGCUUAGCAUAAAGACUGAAAGGGAUACAGCUAGCUUUGCUCUGUCCAAACGUAACAAAUAACCACCUCUAAAGCUCACCAAUUAACUCCUUAUUUAUCUUGUUUGUUUAAUCUAUCCAAAAACUGAAAUGUAAAAAUGAAAAGCUGACGUUUUUACAGGGGGGUCAUAGGUCUAUUUCUAUUUUUUCAUGGUGCCUGACCAAGAAACUAGCUUUUUUUGCCAGUCUUAAUGGCUAAGAUGGCUUCUGACUUUAGCAUGUAACCAAUAGGGCAACAGCUAGCCUGGCUCCAGAACUAACAAAAAAAACAAAAAACAAAUUCCUAAUUAGCCGUUGAAUACUGUUUAUCUGUAAACGGCAAUGUGUAAAAACAGAAAGUUGUGUUUUUAGGGGGGUUAUAUACUGGUCUAUUUCUAGCUGUUUCCCGCAAGAGACAGUUAGCUUAAAUAGCCAUAAAGACUGAAAACAAGGGAAACAGCUAGUCUGGUAAAUAAUGAAAUAGACCAGCAAAAAGACACCAAAAAACCCACAUUUUUUCAUGUUUUUUGUAUGGAAUUGACAAACAAAAUAUGUUAAUUAGAGAGCUUUAAGGAUGCUGGUAGGCAGAUUUAGUUACAGUCUAGCUAAGCUGUUUCCCCCUGUUUACAGUCUUUAUGCUAGGCUAAGCUAACCGUCUCCUGGAUGUAUCUUGAUAUUUAUCGUACAGACAUGACACUGCUGUCAAUCUUUAUCUCUCCAAAAAAGCUAAUUUAUUUCCCAAAAUGUCAAAUUAUUCCUUUGAAGGAGGCCAAUGUUUUGCUUGCUUAGGUCACGUUAGAUGAGAUUGUUUAAGGCAAUGUAGAUGCUAACAUGGAACAUUUUCUCACCCUUGAUUGGUCGAUUUCCCUUUUUCUUGUUAUCUCAGUGCCCAUCUACAGAAUGAUGGGUCUAAUCUAAAGGACAGCUAUACUAUUUAACACUACUGCUCAUCACUGCACCAGUUCUUGGAAACAUGAUCACAACUAGAUUCUACAGGCAUAUGUUGACCACAUUUGCAUAUUUUUGGGGAAUUGUGUGCUACUGUGUAACUGGGAGAAGAAAUGUUUCUAUAUCUGUGCUGUUCUUUAUGUUUCAGUGUUUUAUGAGGGGAGAGAGCAGUCCCAGUUUGUUUGCCUUUGGUGGAGAAAUGCCUUGUUUCGUGUGUAGAAAUAACAGAAGGCCUCGUGUAGGUUUCGCAAUUUGACAUGAAAAAAAUUUGAUAACAUAAAAGGUUAUAUGAUGUGGUUGGCUUAAAAUAAUUUUGAAUUGUUAGAUAUAUCAAUAAUGAGGAUAAAUAUGAUGCCAAAUAUUCAGUAUUUGUACAGAAAUAUACAUAUAUAAAUAUAUAAUAUUGACUAAUUUAAAUGGAACUAUUUUCCGCUCUUGACCAUGUUUUUGUUGUUUAACGUUUCUUUGUCAACAUUAUUUUAUAAGAUCUUCAGAUAGCAUGCAGGAUAGUGGAAAUGAAUGUAUUAUUUAGUGUUUCAUUGCUGUUCAGUAUAACGGCAUUCUACAGAUCAGUUUGUGUUUGUAAGAUUAAUUUAAGCUGAAUAUUUAAUUUCUCGAUUUGUUUACCUAUAAAUGAAUUGUAAACUUUCUUUUCUAAUUGCAAGGUUUUAAAAUGGUUUCAACAGUUUAUAUAAUUUCAUUAUUUUUCCUGCUUUAUCAACGUGGCUCAGUAUAUUUUGCCUCUUCUAAGUACUGCUAUCAACCAUCUGUUGUAAAUAAUUAUGCAAAUUAAACUUUUUGAAGAAAA